AUGGAGACCCCGACGAGCCAGUCCAACGGGAUCGGAAAGCUGCUGCCCAAGUCCAUCGCAGCAAAACGGCGGCGCAACAAGAGCUCGUCGACGGCCGAAACGGCAAGCAUCAGUGAUGACGUUGUGUCGCAGCGAAGCGGCAUCGCCAGUCGCAGCACUUUUGGCAGCGACACCAACUCUCUCAACGGCAGCCUAAAGAGCAACAACACGGACCCAGCUAUCGAUGACUUGGACCGGGAAUCCACCAACAGGCCCACCGCCACCUCUACCAAUUCGUCACCAAUCGAUCACUUGACGACGGCUUCCUCGCCCUUAAUACAGGUUUCGCACGAGUCAAGACCGCUCGCUUCCGACACGAACUCCCAAAAGUCCACGCGGUCGCCUAUUUUACCCCAGGAUAGCUCCGACAGUCUCGAGUCGGCCCCAUCUCUCGACCGGAGCCGGACCACACUUGGGCCUCCCGAACUCCGUCCAAAACGAUCCUCUAGCCGAUUAAGAGACGUCUUUAGGCCGAAGAAGACCUCGAGCGACGAAAAGAGCUUAGCUUCUGAGGAAAAGUCGGAAGACACACCAGUACUCGACCGUCAUCAAACCGAGCCUAAGACCUCCGUCGACCGCAGCCGACGUUUUUCGCGGGGCCAACAGCUCGAGCCGUUGAAGGUACCACCUCGGACCCCACCUGGAGAACCAGCUGCGCCCGUCAUUGUGAACACGCCGCCGACACCGACCGAUACCCAACCAGGUCUUGCCUCGGCUACCGGUCCUCGUCGCCCCGCCGAUGCGGUUCUGGCGCAGAGCAUGAUCACCCAGAGACGGAGGGCAGGCUCCAAUGCUGGCCCAAGCAAGCUCUCUAACGUGGCCGCCCCACCACUGACGCCAACGCCCGAGAACGGCCCGGCGUCGCCUGGCAACCCUGCUGCCACCUUUUUCUCUUCUAUGUUCUCGGCGGUCCAGAACACCGCCAACUCCCUCACCACCACAAUACCCGCCCUUGCCCAGGGGCCCCCCAAAAGUAAAGGGACACCGGUAAAAGAGCAGCAGGCCGAUAGGGAGCUGGACGCCGUCGAGGUGGAAUCCGUGGCUUCGCAACGACCGUCUACAGAGCCCAAGGAACCAGCCGUUAAAACACUUGGCAUGGGCGACCUCAGUCUCAGCCAGUUGGGCAUUGCCGAGGCCCCGAGCGCAGCUCCGAGCCCUAUCAUUGCGCGCUUCUCCGACUCCGAAACCCGAUCGAGAUCCGAAUCCGCCCCAGCAGAACCGCAUAUCGCCGGCAUUGACCUCCCAGAAGACCCGAAUGCCUCCCGGCCGCGGUCCGUCCAGGAAUCAGCGGGAGGCGAGCGGACGACCCCAGCCGGCAGCGUUUAUGAGGACAAGACGGGCAUUCAUCGCAGCGGUAGCAUACGCAGCGCUAUUGGCCAUCGUAGGAACCGCGGUAGUAGCAUUGCCACCCAUGGGACCGCAGCCACUAGCACUAUCGGCGCUGCCAUUGCGGCCGCCAACUCCUCGCUGGUUAACCCAAACAUCGGCGCCCCGAAGCUUACCGGAUUCGCCGUUGCGAACAAGAAGAGAAAUCGCGAUUUUCACGUGCUAUUCAAGAGUGUCCCCGACGACGACUACCUAAUUGAGGACUACAGCUGCGCCCUGCAACGCGAGAUUCUCGCACAUGGCCGCCUGUAUAUCUCCGAGGGCCAUCUCUGCUUCAGCAGCAACAUCCUCGGUUGGGUCACGACGCUCGUGAUGAGCUUCGACGAAAUUGUCGCGGUCGAGAAACGCAGCACGGCUCUGGUGUUCAAGAACGGCCUCGAGAUUUCUACGUUGCAUGCGAAGCAUGUCUUCGCUUCGUUCGCCAGCCGCGACACCACUUACGACCUUAUUAUCAAAAUUUGGAAGCUUGGCCACCCCCAGCUACAGAGCUCACUCAAUGGCGUCCGUCUGGAAGAGCCGGGUGGCGAUCGGACAGAAAAGCUCGACGCGGAGGCGGUAUCUGUGACGGGUACACAGAGCAUUUCAGGGUCCGAGGAGGAGAGUGAGGAUGGAGAUGACGUCUACGACGAGGACGAGGAUGAAGAGGACAGCCAGGCGGGCGGGCCUGUGUCUGACGGACCUGUUUCUGACUUCACCGAAAAGGCUGUGCCACGUAAGGUCUCCGGCGGUGCGGCACCUGCCGAGAAGCAAGAGGACGGUGCCCCAGCGGGCGGUACUGACUUCCCUGGGCCCGCGACACACGCACCCACCGACUGCGGAGAUGGGCCGACGCAUUACGAGAAGGUGCUGGGUGACGAUGUUAUCCCCGCUCCGCUCGGCAAAGUGUACACCAUGUUGUUCGGUCCCGCCUCGGCAACGUGGAUGGGCCGGUGGCUCACCACGGACCAAAAGUGCACUGACCUUCAGAUGGAGGACAAGCGUGGCCUGACAGACGAGAUCAGGACGCGCAAUUACACGUACAUCAAGCCGUUGAAUGCUUCGAUAGGGCCGAAGCAGACAAAGUGCGUCGUCACGGAGCAGCUCGAGCACAUUGACCUCGAGAAGGCGGUCAACGUUCUCGUCAGUACACAAAACCCCGACGUUCCCAGUGGCAAUAUCUUUGUCGUCAAAACCAAGUAUUGUCUUACAUGGGCGGAAAACAAUGGCACCCGCAUCCAGAUCAACAACGUCAUAGAAUGGUCCGGCAAGAGCUGGCUGAAGGGUGCCAUUGAGCGCGGUGCAAACGACGGCCAAUCGCAAUUCUGCAAAGACCUCUUCGCUGGUCUCAAGGCCGCCGUCUCGUCCCGAGCACGGUCCAGCACACUGAACGGUGCGGCCACCCGCGGCAAGAAACGCGGCCGCAAGGGCAAAUCUGCCCUCACCUCGAACCCUGCCAGCGAUGCCGAGGGCGCCGCCAAGGCCUUGACCAAGCAGAGCUGGGGGCUCUUCGAACCCGCACGACCUAUUCUUAGCCCUGUCGUUGACACCAUCCGGCCCAUUCUCACCGGCAAUGUUGUCUACGGCUUACUCGUGGGGUUACUGGUUGCGUCCUGGUUCGGGUUCGGCACCCGCCAGGGCGCGCCACGGUAUUCCCACGAUCCGGCGUACGCCAACGCGCCACAACGGCUGGCGGCAUACGAGGAAAUGUGGAGGAAGGAGGAGAGCGAUCUGUGGGAGUGGAUCGAGGAGCGGGCCGGUUUGGAGAGGCUGGGCGCCGACCCGCCGCUGAGGAAGCGGACCGUCGAUCCCAGGACGGUGGAGGAGAAGCUGAGGGAGGAGAGGAUGGAUGAGCGAGAGCUGAAGGAAGCGAUACGGAUUACCGAGGAGCAUCUCGAAGUGCUGAAAUCGGUGGUGGGGAGAGAGGGCGCGGGGAGGUGA